AUGCAGUCUUACGCCAUGGCUGUUGGCUCAUUUGCCUGCCCAACUACCCAACAUCCUCAACCCAAGGCUCCAACAUACGGGACGAGAUGUACUCACUGUGGAAUUCCUAAACACAAUCAGGAAACUUGUUACAAACUACACGGGUAUCUCGAUUGGUGGGAAGGACACAAAGGUCGAAAAGUUGCACUUGGAUAUGGUCGUGCAGCUCUCAUCACCACCGAACCUCAAUUAUCGUUGGCUCCCCAGGCCUCCACCCUCCCUUCGACAUCUUCUGAUGACUCCCAGAUUACAUAA